AAAUAAUUUACAUUAAACUAACUAAAAAUAAAGUUAAAUUGGCAACCCUUUUUUUCAUUUCGUCAUUUGUUUAUUUAUUUAGUCCAUCGUGCAUAAAUGAUUGCUUUUUCGGCCUAAUAAAUAGCUAAUUCACGUAAAAUCGGUGAUUAAAAGUGUUCAAAAUAGGUAUUUUCUUAUAAUGACAGAGAGAGAUUGUUUCAAAGAGGAAUUUAAAUACUAUAAAAGAAAAAUCCCUCCCCCGCAGUAUGGAAAAGUUAUAGAUUUUGAUGCAGACAUAUUAAACCUAUCGGUCACAAAAACAAAUAACUUUUUUGACUCAAAGAUAAACUCAGAAUGUUGUAUUUUAUGCCAAGAUCUUGGUUUAAAAGAUCAUAAAUCAUGGGAAUCGUAUUCAUUAAAAGAUCAUAAAGGAUUUUUAUAUUUAAAGAAUCCUUUUUUUAUCAAAGGACAACAGACGUGGAUUCGAAAAUGUCUUGAACUAUACCCACGAAAACCAUCUGUUACGAAUUUAGACCUUCAUCACUCAAACAUUGACGACAUAUGGUCUCUGUCACAAGGAAGUAAUUUAAUUGAAAAAAGCUAUUUAAGUAAACUUUGCUGGACUACACUUGGCUAUCAUCAUAAUUGGGAUACAAAAAUAUACAAUCCGGAUCAUAAAUCUGAUUUUCCGAAAUGUUUAAAGCAGUUAUCAGAGCAUGUAGCGGAAUGUUUAGGUUUUAAAAAUUAUAAUCCUGAAGCAGCUAUUGUUAAUUAUUACAAUAUGAAAUCUAGCCUGGGUAUACAUAAUGACCAUUCUGAAGAAAAUGUUCACGCACCCAUAAUAUCUUUUAGUUUUGGUCAAACAGGAAUAUUUUUAAUUGGUGCUCUCAAUAAAUUUAAAGUCCCAACUGCCAUUUUUUUAAGGAGUGGUGAUAUUGUUAUCAUGUCUGGAGAAUCAAGACUUGCUUUUCAUGCUGUGCCUUGUAUCAUACAGGAGGAUACUACUUUUAGAUACUAUGACUCAGAAGAUAAAGAGUGGUCACCUUUUAAAAACUACAUUGAUAAGUCUCGCUUAAAUAUUAGUGUGAGGCAAGUGUAUGUUGAGAAAACUGUCAGCAGAUGAUACGUUGAAAGAAUAUUGUACCUGUAUCAUUGAUGGUAAAAUUAGGUUUUUUAUUUAAUUCUUAGAAUAUUUAUAAUUAAAAAUGUUUAUAAAAUAC